ACCUAGGUACCUAGUGUACUGUACAUAACGCUUCCAGUUGAACCAUAUCCGUCAUCAAGAUCACACACACAACACACACAACACAAACGCACACAGGCACAUGCGCGUCUAACCUCGUGAGCAGUCCGUGAUAAAUACAUUCAUCAAUUCAUCAUUUUCCGCAAUGCACACUUCCAAGUGCUUUCCAAGAUAGAAAAUAUAUCCAAAUCAAUCCACAAAUUCACACAAAUUACUGUAGAAAGCCUCGAAGAUGGUUAAUACUCGUCCUUUUCCAACACACUCGGCCAGGUAGCGACUAUCACAUGCGUUUGCAAGAUGGGUAAUAGCUACUCCCUAACUACACCAUAUGCUGGCUCCGCCGGUAUCGACGUACCAGAACUAGCCGACCUGGUGCACGAGAGAUCUAUUGGCAGUGCCCGGUUUAUGAAGAGCAUUCGUGCUCGUCACCAUGAUGGCAAUGUACUGGCAAAGGUCACAGUCAAGCCCUAUACGCCACUGUCCUUGCGCGAAUAUGGCGACAAAAUCUUGCGUGAACGAGAUAAACUGCGAGACGUCCCCAACGCUGUAGGCUUCGAGCGUGCCUUCGAAACGGAGGGAAAUGCCUACCUCGUGCGACAGUACAUAUAUAGCUCCCUCUACGAUCGUAUGUCGACGCGACCCUUCCUCGAAGAUAUAGAGAAGAAAUGGUUAGCCUUCCAGCUGCUAUGCGCACUACGGGAUUGCCACGCUCGUGACGUAUACCACGGUGAUAUCAAGACGGAGAAUAUCAUGGUGACUUCUUGGAACUGGCUGUAUCUCACCGAUUUCACCGGCUCCUUUAAACCCACGAAGCUACCCGACGACAAUCCCAUGUUCUACUCGUAUUUCUUUGACUUAUCCGGUCGACGUAUAUGCUAUAUCGCCCCGGAGAGAUUUAUCGAACAUAUCGAGAAUCCACAGGCGCAUCUUCAGGGACACAAGCUUACAUGGUCGAUGGAUAUUUUCAGCGUCGGUUGUGUGAUCGCUGAACUAUUCCUAGAAACGCCCAUUUUUAAUCUCAGUCAAAUGUUCAAGUAUCGCAGGGGCGAGUAUGACCCGGUCAUCUCGCACCUUAGCAGGAUACCCGAUCAGGGUUUAAGGGAGAUGCUUUCGAGCAUGAUCCAUAUUGACCCGGAGAAGCGAUACUCGGCAGAGCAGUAUCUCGAUUUUUACAAAAACAAAAUAUUUCCCGAGUAUUUCUACAGCUUCCUGCAUCAGUACAUGGAGCUUAUCACCGAUUCAAGUUCUGGCAGAGCCCCGAUUUCAGGAUCAAUGAGGAACUUAGGCGAAGCUGAUGAGCGGAUAGAUCGGGUAUUCUACGACUUUGACAAAAUAUCCUAUUUCCUAGGAUACCAUGAUGGAAAGGAGUCGUCUCAGCUCAUACACUUCACGCCACGACUCGGUUUAGGUCUUUAUCCUGUGCGACUAAAUAUACCCAAUAAUGAACAUUUUGCAUCUACCGGAAAGCAGCCUCCUACCGACGAUGGAACCUUGAUUUUCCUUACUCUUGUUGCCUCCUCUUUAAGAAACACGGCUCGGGCAGCAUCAAAGAUCAGAGCUUGUGACAUACUGUUGGCCUUCUCGGAAAGACUAUCUGAUGAAGCGAAACUCGACCGAGUCUUACCGUAUCUCAUGACCUUGUUGAACGAUGAUGUUGAUCUCGUUGCGAUUGCAGCUCUUAGAUCUGUUACCCAACUUCUAGCACUCGUGUCGGUUGUCACGCCGGUUAAUGCCCACGUCUUCCCCGAGUAUAUCAUGCCUAGGAUGCAGGUCUUCUUAUCGGGUGCCUCUAGACAGCCAAUCAUGGGCAAGGAGCGCAGGGAGCCGACUGCCUUAGUUCGAGCUACCUACGCAUCGUGUUUAGGAAGCCUUGCGACAACGGCCUCCAAUUUCUUAGAACUUACAGCCGUUUUGAGAGCCGAAGGGUCCAUCAACACAGCUGAUCCGGAGGUAGAGGCUGGGAGUGACCCCGAUGCUGCGUUCGACGGAUUGUUUGAUAAUGCUCAAAGCGAACUAGUCGAACUGUUCGAGGCACAUGCAAAAGCUCUAGUGGAAGACUCAGAUGCUUCAGUGCGCCGAGCAUUUCUCAGCUCCGUGCCUGAACUCUGCAUGUUUUUUGGCAGUGCAGAGUCUAACGAUAUUAUCCUUACACACCUGAACACUUAUCUCAAUGACCGGGACUGGAUGCUAAAAUGUGCUUUCUUCGACACGAUCGUUGGCAUCGCGGCUUUCCUGGGUAGCACAAGCCUAGAGGAAUUCAGCCUCCCCCUGAUGGUACAGGCGGUAACCGACCCAGAAGAGCACGUUGUGCAAGCAGCAUUGCAUUCUUUGGCGGAACUGGCAAGCUUAGGCCUCUUAUCGAAAGCAAAGACUUGGGAAUUAAUUGACGUGGUUGGCCGGUUUACUAUGCAUCCAAACCUAUGGAUUCGAGAAUCUGCAGCAGAGUACAUAUCAAGUGCUGCCAAGCUGCUAUCUCCUGCCGAUAUUAGGUGCAUUGUCCUGCCUCUAGUUAAGCCAUUCCUCAAGCCAGCGAUUAUCCCUGAAUUCUCAGAACUCGCAUUGUUAGACGCACUGAAGAAACCGUUAUCUAGAACCGUGUUCGACUUGGCGCUGUCGUGGGCGCAGAAGACUGACAAAGGACUGUUCUGGAAAGCUGUUCGACAGCAGAAGCAAUCCACAUUUACGAUUGCCUCCACCGCAUUGGCAAUUCGCUCCUCCCGGGAGAUGCAGCCUCAGACGCUAAAUAAAGUGCAACGAAACGACGAGGAUGAGCAUUGGCUUGCUCGGCUACGAACCAUGGGAAUGGCACCUGAAGAUGAAUUCAAAUUACUAGCUCUAAGGGAGUUUAUUUGGCGUUUAAGCCAGAUGAGGAAUCGCGACUUGAUCACACAGGAAAACAUCACGACGUCUUUGAAUAGUAUCAUCCCCCUAAGAAGUCUAAACGUUAAAUUGCAGACGAUCAUGUUUGAUGACACUGUCGGUUUGGAAGAGUCCAUCCGAGAACAACAGCGGCUCUCGGAUCUAGACAAAGGCCCAUAUACGAUCACCGAUGCUCUGCUGGAUGCUUCAAUGACUAUCGACGAGCCUGUCGGGAAGAGGCGACGUGCUGCUAUCAACAAUCAUCGCUCACGUCUUAGUAGCCAAGGAGGAACCGUAUCACCCAGGACAAGGGACAACAGAACAUUGUCACCAGCGCAGACUCAGACUUCCUCGCCCAUUGAUAGAACUAGCUUGAACGAACGCCGUCGAGCUUCAUCUACCACGCGUAGGCGCGCUUCUCAGGAUGAUGACGCCUCAAUUUCCGAUGCUCCAUACUCUUCCAGGAGAGCAGUUCGCCACCAGUCGAGCGCGCUUGACCUUUUGAAUAGAAAGGAUAGCGGAAGGUCUAUUGCCGAGACAGGAACCACCGAAGCCAAUGCCUUCGGUCAGGUGGAGGGUCCGUUUGCACAAAAUCCAUUGCCUCAGAUCACAAUCCCCAGCACAGUGACAGAGGACGGGAUGCCGGGGUCUCGGCAGCGGGCCGUUCAUACGUACGAAGGAAAUGACCCUAGCAUAUUGAAGAUGCUCGACAAUAUGUACAUCGAUAAUUAUCCUCACGACAUAGCCGAAUUCGGGCCUCUCGUUUCUCCCAUGACGAGGAGAAAGGUUAGCAAAGCGACCGGUCAGCCUAGCGAGGAAGCGUGGAGGCCAAACGGAAGUCUCGUUGCCACGUUUUCGGAGCAUACGGGUGCCAUCAAUCGUGUUUUGCCAUCUCCAGAUCAUCUAUUCUUCAUCACUGGUAGCGAUGACGGAAGUGUCAAGGUCUGGGACUCGUCUCGGCUCGAACGAAAUGUCACACACCGCGCGCGACAAACACAUAGGCAUGCGCCAGGUGCCAGGGUGGUCUCCUUGUGUUUUAUCGAAAAUACCCAUACGUUUAUCAGCUGUGCUACGGAUGGCAGAGUUCAUGUGGUCAAAGUUGACACGGCUGUCACGAGCGGGGCGACCAAAUAUAUUCGGCUGCGACUUCUUCGCGAAUAUCAGCUUCCGGCAGACGAGUACGCUGUCUGGUGUGAGCACUUCAAGCAGGAAUUAAACUCGGUGCUCUUGCUUGCGACCAAUCGGUCUCGAGUGUUGGGUAUUGAUCUUCGCACCAUGACGCUUCUCUACGUGCUGGAAAACCCGGUACACCACGGCACACCGACCUGCUUCUGUGUUGACCGAAAGCGCAAUUGGCUACUUUUGGGCACGUCACACGGUGUCCUGGACCUUUGGGAUCUACGGUUUAAGAUGCGACUCAAAGGCUGGGGCCUACCGGGAAAAUCGGCCAUCUACCGGCUCAGCCUUCAUCCCUCCAAGGGACGGGGGAAAUGGGCAUGUGUGGUAGGGGGUGGGGGUGUGGGGGAGAUGACAGUAUGGGACAUAGAGAAAACUCAGUGCAGGGAGAUAUACCGAACGGGAGGGUCGAAAGAGGAGCCCAAGGAAUACAAGCCAUGGGACGUGGACGAGGACAAGCCUGAGGGAAUGCUGGACCGUUUUGCAACCAAUAUUGACCCUGCCGCCAGUGGUAACGGGGACCGCGGGGUCCGAGCCAUGGCGGUAGGUUCAGGUGCUAUGGAAGACCAGCGUGAUAUACGAUACGGAUAUGUCUUGACCGGAGGCUCAGAUAAGAAGCUUCGGUUCUGGGACCUACUCCGAGUCGAGCACUCGUGCGUGUUCAGCGGGUAUCAGGGGGACGAUGUGAGAGCUAUGUAUCAUUCGACUACCUCGUUAACGCAACCAGGGCUAAGUAUUAUCACGGAGAAAUUGGUCAAGCAAAGCAACGCGGACCAAAAGGGUGGUAAGAAUGGGAAGCCUGGGGGCAGUAGAGAGAAACCGCCGCGACACACGGUGAUUUCGGCAGAGCAGGGGAAGCUGCUCAGGAGCCAUCUAGACACGAUCCUGGACGUGGCGGUAUUAGAAGUGCCUUACACAAUGACGGUUAGUGUAGACCGGUCUGGAGUGAUUUUUGUUUUUCAAUAAGAAUAAACAAGCUAUUUAGAUAACCCAGUUUUGGUGUUUAGGAGGAGGGGAGGGUUUAUUAUUGGUUUCUUGGUUGAAUACCUAGGUAGGAUAGGUAAUGCGGUCUAGUAAAGGGCGUUGUUAGGUGUAGAAAGCUUUGGCUUGGUUGAAGGAAAUGGUGAUAGUUACAUAGGCACACUAUGUAGCGUAUCAUUGAGAGCAAUAUGACUAUCAACUUUGGACUUGUGUAAGUAGGUACCUAUAGGUGUGUUGCCAGAUAAAGGUAUGUGUUUAUUGUCCUGUGUAAUUCAUAUCAGGGGUUAGUAAG